AAAAAAUGUAACUUUUCAGUUAGCCGGACGUGUAUGUUUAUUUGUUACUAAAUAAUUCAAAUAUCUCUAUAUAUGGAUUGUUUUUCGAGGUAUCGAUUACUUGCUACAAUACGACAUACAAUAGAGAUACAAAACCUAAAUUAAAACACGUUUAUGGUUUAUGGAUUAACAUAGAAACCAUAGAUCAUUGUAUUUGUAAUAAUAAUUAUAAUAACUUACAAUGGUAGAUGAAUCAACAAAGAAGACAUUAAGUAAUAUUCCGUUAUUACAAACAAAAGCAGGACCUAGGGAUAAAGAAUUAUGGGUUCAAAGAUUAAAAGAAGAAUACCAAGCUCUAAUUAAAUAUGUAAAAAAUAAUAAAGAAUCUGACAAUGACUGGUUUCGUUUGGAAUCAAAUAAAGAAGGUACAAAAUGGUUUGGUAAAUGUUGGUACAUACAUAAUUUUUUAAAAUACGAAUUUGACAUUGAGUUUGAUAUACCUGUAACAUAUCCUAUAACCGCACCUGAAAUUGCUUUACCAGAACUAGAUGGUAAAACAGCAAAAAUGUACCGAGGUGGAAAGAUUUGUCUUACUGAUCAUUUUAAACCAUUAUGGGCACGUAAUGUACCAAAAUUUGGAAUUGCACAUGCCAUGGCACUUGGACUUGGACCUUGGUUAGCAGUUGAAAUUCCUGAUCUUAUAGAAAAAGGUGCUGUAUUCCAUAAAAAUAUAUAAUACAAAUAAAAAUGUUAGUUAAUAAGAUGAAUUACAAGAUGAUUUAUAUAAUAUAUUAAAUUUUAUAUUUAAUACAAA